UGGAAUUCAAGGUUUGGGUCACCCUGCCCUAUUUGUUGACAUCUUGAAGCCAAAUUCAGCUGAUCCAACCCAAUUUUCAGCUGUCGAAAGCCCCUCGCUUCCUUCUCCGUUGAACUUUCAAAGCGUCAACUGCAUAUCAAUCACGUGCAUUUUCCUAGUCCGAUCGAAACCCCUGCGCCCUAACCAUGCAGAACGAGGCUGGAGAAUACGUGGAUAUGUACAUCCCCCGAAAAUGCUCGGCCAGCAACCGAAUCAUCGCGGCCAAGGAUCACGCCUCUAUCCAGAUCAACAUCGCUGAUGUGGACGAGACCACCGGGCGUAUGACGGGCACCAACAAGACCUACGCCAUCUGCGGCGCCAUCCGAAGAAUGGGCGAGUCGGACGAUUGCAUCAACCGAUUGGCGAAAAAAGACGGCAUCAUAUCCAAAACCUUUUGAAGUCGAUUCGCCAAGUCAUGAUCUUGUUUUUUAUGGCUAACAUGUCCACCUACACGGUCUGUGGGAAAUAAUAAAAAGGUCACGGCCCUAAUAAAAA